AAGAAAGCAAAGAAACCAGUUAGAAGAGAAGAUUCGCCUAUUUUGAAAAAGCUUAUCAUGGAAUUGUCCACUCCUAUUCCCCAACAAACUUCUUCUGGUGGUACUAUUUCUUUGCAAACGUUCCCUGAUAUGAAUAUUGACUCGGUUAAUUUUCGUGAAUUAAAUGACAGGAUCAUCAAAGCCGAAGAUGAUAAUAAAAGAACUACUCUAGAGCUGAUCCAUAGCUAUUACUAUUUUGGAAAAGGGUAUAGGUUAUGGUUUGACCAUUAUAAAAAAACAUAUAGUGAUGAUACGUCUAAUUCUCUUGUUAAUGAUAAAAUUC